AUGCCGCUCUGUCUCACUUUCAUCGACCUGAAGAAGGCCUUCGACUCAGUUGAGACGGAAGCGGAUAACCAAGGUGUCCCUGCUCAGUACAUAAAGGUAUUUCGAAAGUUGUACAGUAACUUCCCGACCGGAAUUCCGCCAUUCUACAAGAACAUCAUCACUGACGUGAAGAGGAGGUUCCGACAGGGUGAUACAACCUCACCCAAAAUGUUCACAGCCUCCCUCGAGAACGCAAUGCGAAAGUUGGAAUGGGACGACAUGGGAGUGAAGGUUGAUGGUCGGCAGUUACACCACUUGCGCUCUGCUGAUGACAUCGUACUGAUAACACCUAGCCAAGCGGAACGAAUGCUGACCGAAUUCCAAGAAACAUGUGGAUGCAUCGGUCUUCAGCUGAAUCUGCAAAAGACGAUGUUCAUGCGCAACGGAUGGGUCUCGGUUGCCCCAUUCACGCUCAACGGAACGAACAUAUCCAAAUGCAUUUGGGCUUUGGAAAAAAAAGCUACUUGGGGAGCGUAUAAGAGGAUUGAGGAUGUAGUGAAGGAGACCAGGAACACUCGGCUCCGUGCUCAUCUCAUCAACACCACCGUACUUCCUGCUUUGAUCUAUGCUUCAGAAACCUGGGCAAUUCGCUAG